GGGCGGUGAGUGCGGGGCGGCCCCGGCGGGACCGGGAGGGGACCGGGGAGCGGCUCCCGGGGGUCCCCAGCCCCGUUUUGGUGUCCCCCUCACGCCCGUCCCGCCCCGCAGGCAGCGAUGCCCGUGGAGUCCCUGGUGUGUCCCGACACGGCCACGCGGGUGAGCUCCGUGCUGAACCGGGACGUGAAGCACUUUGGGAAGCAGCACCUGUUCGAUGGCAGCGAGGAGACGUGCUGGAACUCGGACCAGGGCCCGUCCCAGUGGGUCACCCUGCAUUUCCCCCGCCCCGUCAAGCUCUCCCAGCUGCACAUCCAGUUCCAGGGGGGAUUCUCCAGCCAGCUCUGCACGCUGGAAGGCUGCAGAACGGGCGAGGAGCUGGUGAAGAUAUCGGAGCUGUACCCCCAGGACAGCCACGCCAUGCAGAGGUUCCAGGUGCCGGAGACGGUGCUGGACGAGCUGAAGAUCACCUUUGGGAGCUGCACGGAUUUCUUUGGCAGGCUGGUGGUCUAUCACCUGGGGGUGCUGGGGGAGCGCCUCUAGGGGGCUGUCCCCUCUUUGGGGGCUCUCAACACCCCACAAGGGGGUCCCUGUCCCCUGAGGGGGCACCGGUGGGGCUGUGCUGGGCACAGGCGUGGAAUGGGAUCAAUAAAAGAUAUCCCUUUUUCUGGAA